AAGUGUCACCAUCUCCUGAAAAACUGUUUAGAAAUGCUGAGUUUAGAGACCAUGAAAAAUCGCUCAAAAUUUUAUGAUCAACAGUAUGAAAACAGACUCCCAGUGGACUGCAAAACGGAAGAUGCGCGUCAGGAUGCCAAAAAUUUCCAGGACGAUUGCGUAACCUCCAGUGUGCAAGGCCCACUUCCUCAGGUGGGCCGUGUUCUACGUCGGAUCAGGUCCUCGCUCUGGUCCCGACUUUGGGGUGCAUCCAAUCCAUGCCCAGCCCCUGCCCCUGCCCCUGCCCCUGCCCACCUAAAGACACAUCCGAAUGAGCCGAGCAUCCUGUAUCCUGCGCGAAUGCAUUCCAAGCCGAUCCCUCAGUGGCAGGUCAGCCCGGCAGCCUACGUGGGAUAUCGCUACCGAUUGCGGUGAUAGUCGGCUCUCCGGCGGAUGCACUUUGGCCCUCCUGUUACCCAACGGCUGCUUCGCUUUCGCACUCACCAUGACGACACUAAGUGGCAUUCAAGCUGCAUCCAAUCCGUACCGUCUCCAUCCUCUGUGUUUCUGGUGUCCGCUUGCCUGGCUUGUGGUUUGCGUUUAAAGUUUAAGUGGCGCAAAAUCAGCGCUCAUGCAGUGGAAGAAACUGUGCAAGUUUUAGGCUUAGGAUUAUUAAGUACCAAAUUAUAAGCGGAAAGGCGAGUUUUC